AUGGCCCUGCCGGCCGGCGGCUUCGCUGGGCCCGAUCCUGGCUUCGACCUUUCCGCCAACCCAUCGUUUACCCUAGACUACAAGCAAUGGGUCAGUCCACAGGCCACACCCGAGAGCCGCGCGGCAUUCGUCACAUCUUUACGCGACACAGUCGUCGGCCUGGGAUUUUUCUACCUCAAAGACAGCCCAUUGGAGGAGGAAGGACGCAAGCAGAACAUGUUUGAACUCAGUGAACGAUUCUUCGCCCUUUCUCUUGAGCAGCGGAUGAAGAUUGACAUUGAAAACAGCAGGCAUUUCCGUGGCUACUCAAAGUUCGGCGAUGAACGCACACAAUCACGGGUGGACCACCGCGACCAGAUUGACUACGCAACACAUGAUGCGCCGUUUUCUACCGACGUCUCUGCGCAGACGCCCUUUUUGAACCUUCGAGGCACGAACCAAUAUCUCCCGGAUAUAGUCCUGGACGGUCAUGAGCGAAUGGUAACAGAUUGGUUUGCGCGCUGCGACGAGCUCAGUUUCCAGCUGACCGUCGCGAUCGAGCAGGCGCUCGGUCUGGAAAAAGGCGCACUCACAUCAUUUGUCUCCAGCACUGAGCUUGACUCUCAUUCCGAAUCCGGAGGCAAAGUGGCAGAGCUCAAGUCUCUACCUGGUGUGACCCAAGGAAAGGCGCUCCAGUACGCGCGCAUGAAGAUGAUCCGGUAUCCACUUGGGGAGCUCGUGGACGGAAUCAAGCGGACGGUUGAUUCAGCCAAUGCGAACAUUUCGACACAAGGCGUUGGCGCGCACAAGGAUGGUGGAUGGUUGACAUUGCUAGCCACGUCGCGGGUCGGCGGUCUGCAAGUGCAAGAUCUUUCGGGCCGGUGGUUGAAUGUCCCUCACAACGAAGGCAGCAUUGUCGUCAAUUUUGGACAGCAGUUCGAAGUCGUGACCCAAGGGCUCAUGCCAGCUGCGACGCAUCGCGUGCUCUCGAACACGCCCGAGCAGAUUGCCCUCGGUGCGGACCGGUUGUCGAUCGCCUACUUUAGCAUGCCAGCGCUGAACGCCAUCAUGAAGCCGCUCCCGCAGGAGAGUUUCGGAAAGGAGGUCCGAGAGGCAUACGCAAGGGCGCAGGAGAGAUGGGGCAGUGAUGAGCCCGUGAGCGAUGUUGUUCGCAAAGACCUGCAUGCGCCAUUGGAGCCUUUCGGCAUCAUUGCAUGGAGAGGCAUCACCAGGAGCCACCCUGGCGUCGUUGCUCGAUGGCACCAGGGAGUGCCGACCUAG